AUGCAACAGCCGCCGCAGCCCGAGCAGCCCGCGCCCGUGGGCCUACCGCCGACGCACGUCCGCCCACCAACGAUCGUCACGGGGCAUAGCGUCACGUUCGACGACGCGGCGCCGACGACGGCGGAAGUGACGACCGAGAAGCGCAACCAGUCCAAGUACGACUUUGUCAAGGUCCGCGUCUGGGUCGAGGACCACUUUUACGUGCUCUCGCGCUACUUGGUCUGCCGCGCGCUCGUCUCGACCAAGAUCAACUCGCGCGACGCGGUGACCAUCUCGCUCGAGCUCAAGAAGACGCUCGUGGACCUGGGCCUCGCCGACAUCAAGCAAGAGCAGUUUGAAAACUUCUUGUACAAGACGAUGCUCGUGUAUGGCUACGGCGAGUCGCACGUCGAGUGCUACCGCAUGAUGAGCACGUUCCAUCGAACGCGCACGCCGCUGCUCAUCAUCUUGGCCGGCACAUCGUGCAUGGGCAAGUCGACGCUCGCGACCAAGCUCGCGGACCGCAUGAACCUCUCGAGCGUGCUCCAAACCGACCUCAUUUUCGAGCUCAUGUGCAACUUUUCCGGGCGCUCGGAAACCUCGUUCUCAGACACGGUCUUUGCGUCCGAAGCCGAGUUGCUGCAGCAGUAUGCGGCCGACUGCGACAUUGUGCGCAAGGGCGUCACGAGCGACAUUGACAAGUGCCUCAAGGAAGGCAAGUCGCUCAUCAUCGAGGGGCUGCACGUGGACCCGCGUCUGUACGAGAAGGAGGUGUCCAACCUCGCGUCUGGCGGCAUCGUUGUGCCGUUCCUCCUCACGCUCGACGCCGACGACCACAAGGCGUUCAUCGAAGCGUCGCCCGACCCGCGCUACAAGCUCGAGAAAGCUCCCAACUGCUUCAAGAACCUUCAAGUCGUGCAAAAGGCGCUUCUGGACAAGAAAGGGUCGUUUACGCAGGUGCACGUCAACACGCACUCGUUCAAGAGCACGCUCGACGAGCUCCACGACAUGGUCCUCCAGCGGAUCCAAGAGGCGUAUCGCCAUCGAUCCAAUUUGUCAUAA